AUUUUGUAUUUGGCAAGCUUUUAUUUUUCAAUCAAAGAUUUCUGUCUCCGUCUCCACCAACCCACUCACCAACAAAACCACUCCGCCAUCCAAAGCACCAAUCUCAGCACAUUCACAGUAGACGCAAGUUCUUCAUCGGAAAACCAGAGAAUGGCAAUGGCAAUCAGCCUCCGGAGGCUCUCCUCCUCCAUCAAGUGCCCAAUCAUACCUCUUUCCCAUCGCGGCUCCCUCUAUUCCAUGUCUUCUUUUCCAAAUGAAGCUGUAGCAGAUAAAGAGAAGGCUCGUGCUACCUGGAUACAGCAAUUGAAUGCUCCGCUGGAGCAAAUCGAUCCUGAUAUCGCCGACAUCAUCGAGCUCGAGAAAGCACGGCAAUGGAAGGGACUUGAACUUAUACCUUCGGAAAAUUUCACUUCAGUAUCAGUUAUGCAAGCAGUAGGCUCUGUAAUGACCAACAAAUACAGUGAGGGAUAUCCUGGUGCCAGAUACUAUGGAGGAAAUGAGUAUAUUGACAUGGCUGAGUCCUUGUGUCAGAAGCGUGCAUUAGAGGCUUUUGGAUUGGAUCCAGCAAAGUGGGGAGUGAAUGUGCAGUCACUAUCUGGAUCCCCGGCUAACUUUCAAGUUUAUACUGCAUUAUUGAAACCUCAUGAGAGAAUUAUGGCACUUGAUCUCCCUCAUGGUGGACAUCUUUCUCAUGGCUAUCAGACUGACACUAAGAAGAUAUCUGCGGUGUCCAUAUUUUUUGAGACAAUGCCCUAUAGAUUGAACGAGAGCACAGGUUACAUUGACUAUGAUCAGUUGGAAAAAAGUGCUGCAUUAUUCAGGCCAAAGCUUAUAGUUGCUGGUGCCAGUGCAUAUGCACGCCUUUAUGACUAUGCACGAAUCCGCCAGGUUUGUGACAAGCAGAAAGCAGUUAUGUUGGCUGAUAUGGCACAUAUUAGUGGGUUGGUUGCUGCAGGUGUUAUUCCAUCUCCUUUUGAAUAUGCUGAUAUUGUGACAACUACCACACACAAGUCGCUUCGUGGCCCACGUGGUGCUAUGAUUUUCUUCAGGAAGGGGGUAAAAGGGAUUAACAAACAAGGGCAAGAAGUGAUGUAUGAUUUUGAAGACAAAAUUAAUCAGGCUGUUUUUCCUGGACUUCAAGGUGGCCCCCACAAUCAUACCAUAGCUGGUUUAGCAGUGGCAUUGAAGCAGGUCAGAACUCCCGAGUACAAAGCAUACCAAGAGCAAGUUCUCAGCAAUUGCUCAAAAUUUGCUCAGAGUUUGCUAGAGAAGGGCUACGAACUAGUGUCUGGUGGAACUGAGAACCAUUUAGUAUUGGUCAAUUUAAGAAACAAGGGUAUUGAUGGCUCAAGAGUUGAAAAAGUACUAGAAUUGGUACAUAUUGCAGCAAACAAAAACACUGUUCCUGGGGAUGUCUCUGCCAUGGUUCCUGGUGGCAUCCGUAUGGGAACGCCAGCUCUCACAUCAAGGGGCUUUGUUGAGGAAGAUUUUGAAAAGGUAGCAGAGUUUUUUGAUGCAGCUGUCCAGUUGGCCUUGAAAAUCAAGGCUGAUACGGAAGGGACAAAGUUGAAGGAUUUUGUAGCAACCAUGCAGUCAGAUGUGAACAUUCAAUCUGAGAUUGCAAAGCUCCGACACAAAGUUGAGGAAUAUGCCAAACAAUUUCCUACAGUUGGUUUUGAGAAAGAAACAAUGAAAUACAAAGACUGAAGAAGGCUCUUUGUUUGCAAGAGACCGGAGUCUGCCUCUAGUGUUGUUUCCAAAUUAAGUGGGUAGAAUAGAGCAUGAAAUGGAUGCAAAGAUCCAGACAAGGUUCAAGGAAUUUUCACACGGAAUGUAAAUUGGCACCGAACCGGGGUUUUUAUUUUUAUUUUGUGUAUCAUGACUUAUUUUCCAGCAAUAAAUGGCAAUUGCUAGC